AUGGCGUUUACCAACUCCACCAAGGGGGGCUUCUCCUUUACAAAGGUAGUCCACCAUACACCCUACCCAGCCAUCUCACCCAGUCGCCCGGAGCUCUCCCAGGUUGGCAAGACGGUGCUUAUUACCGGCGGCUCGUCAGGUAUCGGCCUGGCUGCCGCCCGGGCAUUUGCGCAAGCUCGGGCGGAGCGCGUCAUCAUCGUUGGCCGUCGGGUUGAGCUGCUGGACCGGGCCGUUUCCCAGCUCAAAACGGACAACCCCAAAGUCCAGAUACGUGGACAGGUGUGCGAUGUUGGUGACGCUGGAUCUGUCGAGAGGCUUUGGACAAUGUUGGAGAAGGAAGGGGUUUUCGUCGAUGUCGUGGUACUGAGCGCGGCCAGGUUCGCGGGACUGAACCCUAUUGCGACGUCAGGCCUGGACGUCAUUUGGGAUGACUACACUACAAAUGUGCGAGGACACGUGGAUUUUGCCCAGAGGUUGUAUAAGCAGCCGAAUCCGACGAGGCGAGGCACGGCUCUCGUCAAUGUGUCAACCAAGGCCAUCUACGAUUAUUCUAGUGAUGGCCUUGCAAACCUAAUCCCCCUCUACAGCGCUAGCAAGAGCGCUGCGGCCAUGCUGCUGCAGAUGCUUGCCAAGGAUGUUGAUCCGGACGAGAUGCAGGUCGUGAGCUUUCACCCCGGGGGCGUCUUCACCGAGGCGGUAAGCAGCUACGGGUUUUACGAGGACGACUUUGACUGGGAUGAUGCAAAUAUGCCCGGCCAAUUUGCCGUCUGGGCGGCCUCGCCCGAAGCCCGAUUCUUGCACGGCCGUUUUGUGUGGGCUGGAUGGGACGUGCAAGAGUUGCAACAGGGCCCUCUACGUAAAAGAAUUGAAGAGGACCAAUACUUUCUCAAGGUUGGGAUUGCUGGACUGAGGGAGUGGGAGAGAGCCAGAGUCUUGUCCGAGGAGACAUGA